UUUGCCUAUCAGGUCAAAAAGAGAACGUGACAAAAUCUCUUUCUGGGAGUGGGGGGAAAAGAAUAAAUUUUUCCACUAUCUGUGCAAAUAUCUACAAUGUGUUUUUAUUACUGAAUGAUCCGCAAGUUGAUACAAAUUUCAAAUACUGUGGAUUAAAUAAAAAUAAUGAAAACCAUGGAAGCAGACUAUGAAGAACCAGAAAGUCACAUUGUUCGACAUAAACCUGUUGGUAUUAAAACGUUGUUGAGAAAAACAAGAUUCUCAAGAAAAGAAUUACAAAUUAUGUAUCAAGGAUUUAAACAAGAAUGUCCAGCUGGUACACUCAAUGAAGAUUCAUUCAAAGAUAUUUACUGUAAAUUUUUCCCUCAAGGAGAUGCAACUGUAUAUGCUCAAUUAGUAUUCAGGUCAUUUGAUCAAGAGCAUAAUGGAACUUUAACAUUUGAACAAUAUAUUCAAUGCUUGUCAUGUUUGAUGCAUGGUACACAAAAUGACAAAUUACGUUGGGCAUUUCGAUUGUAUGAUAUUAAUGGUGAUGGUUUUGUAACUAAAAAUGAAAUGCUUAAAGUUGUCAAUGCAAUUUAUGAUUUGUUGGGAAGAAAUACAGAACCACCAAUCAAUGAAUCAACUACAAUAAAUCAUGUUGAAAGAGUAUUUCAAAGAUUGGAUUUGAAUCAGGACGGUGUAAUUAGUUAUGAAGAGUUCCUACAGGCUUGUACUUACGAUCCGACUGUUUGUGAUGCUCUUGAUAAACUUACGACUAUUUUAUAACUCUCUUGCAUUUUCAAAUACCUUUAAACCUUUCAUAUAUAUAAUGACCAUUCGAUUUAUUUGCCUGUUUAUAACUGUUAAUCGUCAUUUUGAUCGAAAGCUAUCUACUAAUUGUAUUUUCCACCAUCAAUUCAUAAUGAUUAGCUUUGUUCAUUGACGAAAAAAUGAACUCACAGGAUCAAUAAAUUUUCAUAGAAUUUUUUCCUGUAUACUUUGUUGUGGAUGAUGAAAGGCAUGUUAUAUGACUAAUGUCAGUUUAUCAUGAUGGUGAAUAAUUUGUAAAUGACUUUUAGUGAGGAUCGAGUCGAGAGUGACUAUGAUCACCACUAAAUACUGAUUACUAAUUCGUCACGGAGAAGAUAAAUAAGUGGAUGGUAAAGAAUAUAUUUACUGGAGAUUUCGUUGUAUAAAAAGAAUUCUGAAAUCGAGCCAGGAAAGUGAGGCGAAUUUUCAGAGCUGGUAGAGCAAAAAAUGGCAGCGACACAAACCGAAACUUUGCG